AUGGGGCAAUCUUGCCCUAAUCUUGAAGAAAUUUUACUUGGUAGCAACAAACUUAGUGGUCAAAUCUCAUCCGAUCUAUCAAAUUGUUCCAAGCUCAUCACAUUAGACUUUACUCUAAAUUUAUUCUCCGGAACAAUUCCCAAAAGCCUUGGAAACUUGAAGCACCUCCAACGACUUUUUUUGAGUGGAAAUCAAUUAAUAGGCGGGGAGGCUAAAGAUCAUAAAGAGCUCAAUUUCAUUUCGUCUUUAUCCAAUUGUAGAGUUUUGAGAUCUUUAGAUGUAAACAACAAUCCAUUAGAUAUAACAAUUCCAGAUUCAAUUCAAAACUUUUCGGCUUCCUUUCAAAUCUUCAUUGUGUCCAAUUGCCAAAUAAAGGGUCAUAUCCCUAUGGAAAUGGGUUCUUUGAAAGGCUUGAUCUGGCUUGAUUUGGGAGUGAACAAUCUGGCAGGUAGUAUCCCUUUCACAUUCAGAGGUUUAGAAACAUUACAAAGAUUGCAUCUUGAUAGUAACAAGCUUGAAGGCUUGAUUCUAGAAGAGAUAUGUGAAUUAAGGAAUCUAGGAGAGUUGCAUCUCUCAAACAAUAGAAUCGCUAGAUUCAUCCCAAAUUGCAUUUCAAACCUCAGUCUACUAGUAGAACUAUUAUUGGGUUUGAAUAGACUCGGAUCAUCAAUACCAUUAGAUAUAUGGAGCCUUAAAAAUCUAUUGUUCUUGGAUUUGUCAUUGAAUUCCCUUGGUGGACAUUUUUCUUCAAACAUGACAAAAUUGGUCACUCUCGAAUAUAUGGAUUUAUCAAGAAAUCAAAUUACUGGAGAAAUUCCAAGCAUCAUUGGAGCAUUUGAAAGCCUCAGGUAUCUUGACCUUUCAAACAACUCCCUUCAAGGAGGCAUUCCCCAAUCUUUUGGGAAUUUAAAAGGGUUGGAUGUCUUAAAUCUUUCUUACAAUAAGCUUUCUGGUGCAAUUCAUAAGUCCCUUGAGGCACUUCCAUUUCUCAAAUAUUUGAAUUUAUCUUUCAAUAUGCUAGUAGGAGGGAUUCCAUCAAGUGGUCCUUUUGUGAACUUCACGGCAAAAUCAUUUUUAAGAAAUAAAGCACUUUGUGGGAAUCCAAUUUUUGGAGUUCCACAUUGUCCAAUGAUUCCUACCUACCAACAAUCCAAGAUGAAAAAUAUUUUCCUCAAGCGUAUUCUUCCUGUGAUUGCAUCAAUUACAACCUUCAUGAUGUUGAUUUAUUUGCUAAGAAGUCUUCAAAAAAGUAACAUGCAGAUACCAAGUUCACCUAAUGUGUUGCCUGAAUUGGAACAGAGAAUGAUAUCAUAUCAAGAACUUUGCUGA